CUUUCACUUCCAUCCACUUCACGAGUGGACGCGUCUGAGCGCAGUUGAUCGCUGUGACAAGAUCUCUAAACUUCAGCUGCUCAUCACAUGUGCAAGAUGAGAAGACACUUACUUGGAAUACUUGUACUUUUGAAAUACUGCAUUUGCGGUGAUGUGCUGGACUUUGAUGGAGACAUUAAGGACUUCGUAGUUGGUAACAGUAAGUUAUUUGUUCUUACUGACCAUCGACUACAUCAGAUGAGACACGAUCUAUAUGAGGAGAAGAGAAAAGACAUCACUAAUGCCACUGACCAUAACAGAGUUAACAUUCUGGUGGCUUUUGAUGUGAACGGCACCCUGAUAACGUGUGGGACUUUUAAAGAAGGGUAUUGUGAAGUUCUUGACAUAAAUAACAUUACAAACAGUAUUUACUAUGAAAGUAAUAUUUUGGUAGGACCGCGACAGAAUGAGAAAUCUGUUGCCUUCAUAGCCGGGAGGUUCCUUUUGGUUGGGAAAAAGGACGACGAUGCAAAAGCUCAAGAUACCAGGUAUUCUGUUGUUAGCUUGCGGAGCACUUUAGAGUCUCAGCCAGGUGGGAUUUUCUCAACAAUAGCGGAACUAUCAAAUGCCAUCAUUCAGAGCACAGUGAGAGAUGUGGAGUUUGUUGAUGGAUUCCAGAGAGUUUCGCCCUCAGAAUCCUUUUUAUUUCUCAAUGCAAAGACUGACAAUGAGAGGAAAGUGCUCGUCCUGAGGAUGAACAGCUCUAAAGAGAAAAAGAUAGACAUAAUCAAAUCCCUAAAGGCUGCAACGAUACGAUGCUGCAGUGGUAAAGAUCGUCCAGUGCUCGUCGCCUGCACCGUUAUUCCCUCAGUGAACGGUGUUAUUUGGGCAGGUGUGUUCAGUGCGCAGAAUCAGCAGGAUCCGGAGAACAGCGCGCUGGCUCUGUACAACAUCAGUAACAUUCAAGGCCGAGUGAAGGGCUUCUGCGCUUACGGUGAAAAUCCGUGUGGUUCUGAGACUGAUACUGAACUUCAGCCGCUCUCUGACUCUGUGGUGUUCAAGUACAGCUCAAUGUCAGCAGUGGCAGCAGUUAGAAAUGGAUCCUGGAUUGUGCUGUUCAUAGGAACCAGUGAUGGACAACUCAUAAAGCUUGUAUUGGAUGAGAAAUAUAAACCAGGCUGUCCAAUAGUGCUGUACAAAUCUGAUGAUGAACGAGCAGUUCUUCCCAGAAUGCACUUUGAUCCAGUAGAUUCCAAACACAUCUACAUCGCUCUGAAGAAACAGUUAAGAAGAGAAUCUGUGGUUUCAUGUGCUAAAUACAGCACUCUCAAAGACUGCAGAGCUGCUCUGGAUCCUUUCUGCGGCUGGUGUGUGAACACUCACAGAUGUUCUACUCAAGAUGAAUGCUCAAAUACUUCAUGGGUGUCCAUCCCAAAAAACUCUCUUCAGACACAGCUGUUUUCUUUUCAGAUGGCAGAGAAUUAUGCUAGAAAGAUUAAUCUACAUCUUAUUUUGAGUCUGGAGAGCACAGGAAAUCCUGCAUUCUCAUGCACCUUCACUAAAGAAAGUGUAAACCUGUGUGACGUGUCUGAUCCGCCUGCAGUUUUCCCAAACUGCUCCUGUAGUUUUUCUGACCAGAUGCUCUAUACUAGAGGUUUAAAAGUCUCUGCUACUGUUACUAUUGAGGAUCAGAAUAUCACAGAGAUGCUGACACUGAGGAACUGCUCCAGUAUCACAGAUAAUUCACCAAAUGCUUCUUAUACACAGUGUGUUCAGUGUAUCUCAUCUGGGUGUCACUGGUCCUCAUUCUCCAAGCGCUGUGAAUGGACACUUGGACCUGGACCACAGUUAAACAUACAGGAUGCAUGUAAACAUCUACUCUCUGAGAUGGUCUACGAUAAGCCAGAGAUUCUGUCUCUGGAGCCGAACAAGGCUUCUUUCCAUGGCAGAAACAACAUGUCUUUAAGAGGAAGGAACCUGGAAUCUGUUACUAAAAUCCGUAUUCAAGGGGAUCUGGACUGCAUUCCUAAAGAAUCUCCAGUGUUCGAUCGCUCCAGUGACACUUUAAGGUUCCAUAUUCCUCCCAGUGGAACUAAAGGAACAGUGAAAGUGUGUGUCGUUACUCCUGACGACCGUUGUCAUGGUAACAGCAAUUACAGCAUCAUCACUUACAGUUCUCAGCCCAGCUGCACUGGAAUACAGCCCACAGUCACCUGGAGCAGUGGUGGAAGGAAGAUUCAUGUUCAGGGCAGCAAUAUGGAAUUAGUGGAGUCAGUUACUGUCCUUCCCUCUAAUAAAGUGCUGAAAACACAGUACAACACAAGCUCAGGGGACAUGUGGUUUCACUCCCACCCUUAUGAUGGCGGUGGUCAGUUUAGCUUCUUGUUGAAUGUUGGGAACUCCACUGUGAACUGUGUGGAUUAUUUCUCCUACAAGCCUGAUCCAGAAUUCACUGGAUUCACCACCUUACAGGUGGCCAACGAUCUACAGGUGAACAUUAAGAAAGUGAACGAUAAUUUGAAUUUGAAUAUCAGUGAGGUGACUGUGAAGGGUGUACAGGGAGAUCAGCAGUAUCGGUGUGUUUUGGAGAAGAUUGAGUCCAAUGCCGUCAUCUGUAAGAUUAAAGGAGAAUCAGGAGCCGUCCCAGCAGUGGACGCACUCAUUAUAAAUGUUGGGAAUUUUUCUAAAAACCUUGAGUCUCAAAGUGGUUUAAUAUUU